AUAGAGAAAGACGAAGAAACUUCUGUAAGUCUCUCAGGUGCCGGGCAGCGCUGGUGUCGUAACAUGGGUGAUAAGCGAACGACAAGCUCGAAAAGUACCAAGCUUUCGAAAACAUCAGCUGGUCCCACGACGACGAGGAGGAGCACAAUACGGCGCCGCAGGUCACUUUCAAUCGGGUACAAGAUGCUCCUCAUCCUGGGUACUGCAUUAGCAGGCUGCACAUUGGGCGUGUGGUCGGCCUUGGCAUUCACGCCAUCGCAGGAGCCCCCCAACCCGAAUGUAGCCCCAAUUCCGCUCUUGGAGGAUCUGCCGGUAGACGAGGCGGUUAUGCCACCCGUUGGGAAUUCCACUUAUGCGCCUCUGUACCUACCUUUCGACCUCACCCCUCUCUACUACAGUCUCGAAAUUCGCGUCCCAUUUGAAAAAGCAAGCCAUGUAGGCUUCGUAAGCAUCGAGGUUCGUUGCAACGUUAAGACACGCCGGAUAAUACUGAACUUACAAGGCUACUUCACGAUCACAAACUUCAGCCUCGCGGACGGACCUAAUGUGACGAGCGUCUCUAAUGAUGAGCCAUACAUCAUAGCCACUUUGGACGCUCCACUAGAAGUCGCCGCAACGUAUCAGAUACUGGUCGAGUUUACUGUACGGUAUCCCUCCAGCACUAAAGGCUUUUAUAUUGACAAUUACAACGGGGCAACAAGCUUGUCUGGAGUCUACACCACGUCGUUGAAGCCAAAUGGAGCUCGUAUGGUAUUCCCCUGCUUUGACGGGAUCCGCUUCAAGACGCCGUUCAAUAUCUCCAUUGUGCGACCGAACUCGGUCGCGUCUAUAUCAAACAGCCAGUUAUUAAAAACAGUGAAAAGGGAAAAUCUGAUUGCUGAUAUGUAUGCAGACACGCCUAGUAUGCUGGUGUCCAAUUUAGCCUGGUUUAUAUCACCGUAUAAAAAUAAAACAAAAGGAAAGGUAACGAUUUGGUUCCCGCCGCAUCAAGAGAAAGCAACAGGUCGCCUAUUGGACAUAGCAGUUCAUGGUGUACACUUCUUCAGCAACUUGUUCGGCACAACAGCUGGAGUGGCCAAACUUGACAUAGCUUCGUCAGUUCGGCGGCCCUCAGCCGUGGAGAGCACGCGGGGACUCAUUGUGUUUAGGGAGCAUGCCCUUUACGGUGUCGAUGACGAAAUUACGGUGCCACUUUUACUGAGCGCCAUUGCUCAACAGUGGUUGGGAAGCCUGAUCACUACAAAGACAUGGACGGAUUCCUGGGUUGUAGUGUCCUUGCCUCGCUACCUCGGUGUUCUUGCAGCUGAAGAGAUUUUGCCUAAUCAAAAUUAUCUUUCAAGUUUCCUCGAUGCGGCUGUAGUAUCGAAUAGCAAAUACGACGGGCCUCGCGACCUGGAUAUGCCGAUUAAAUCGCCUACAACACUGUUUGAACGAGCGAAUCAACCUACUGCCCAGAGUGUUUACCAUGCUCGAACGUUACACAUGCUACUAGGAGACAGCGAUUUCAAGAAUGGGAUACGGAUGUUCAUUGGCAACUUCAGCGGCAGCAGUGCGAAUGUUACUGAUUUUCUGGGUGUCAUGGAUAAGGCACAGACGAUACCAAUAGUGCAAAUCAAAUUGCAGUUCGAGGUGCUGGUGAAAUCACAUGACAUUCCGAACAUUUCCGUUCGACGCUUUUAUAACGGAACUGUCCUGGUCACUAAAACAACAUACCUCUCCAGCAAACCAUACACAGCACCAUUCCCUAUAGUGAUCCGUGGCAAUCCCGUGGACCUGCUACGGCCUGAAAAGCCGAUGUCUGUCGUCUGGGUCUAUGACAGAGCAGCUACAUUCCCGGACACUGCUGAUAGUCAGACACGGGUGAUCGUGAACCAAGGCGUCAUGGGUAUGGACGUCCUCAACUACGACGCGAUGAACUGGCAUUUGAUCGCAAGUGCACUCUCUACUGACGGAACCAAAGUAACAGACGUGCAUACCUGGGGAAAGCUUAUUCGAGAUGUGUUUCUUGCGUACAGAAAUAAGGCAGUGUCUAUUGAUCGCGUGAUUGCAAUGAUCGCAUCGCUUCAUGCGGCAACGGAUCUAAGCAUGUGGAAGUUUGCCCUGGACGUAUUUGUUUCCAUAGAUGAACUUGUACAGCGCAUGGAUGACCCCACGAUUAGUGCGUAUAAGAGCAAGCUUAUGUUCCGCGUGGACGAACCAUCGUUGCAAGGUUUACCUUUUGACAAGGAACAAAAAGGGGUCUCAGUGUUGGCAAGGAACCUUAUGGAUUUUCUGUGUGUAUUCGGAACUGAAAAAUGCCGUGACCUGGCUACACAGAAGUGGACAACCAUGCCAGACAAGGUCAAAAACUUCACCACCUUCCAGGAAUGGAUGGCGGACCAAAGUUCCGUGACUCCAGUCGUGAUGUUGUGCAUGGCAGUGCGACACGGCAACGCCUUCCAAACAGUAAUGUCCUGGUUACCUGAUGCUGAGGAGUAUGAUGCGGGCAAUAUCGAAAAAACGCUCGUUUGCUCCAACGACCAAACGAAAUUGAAGGCCUUCAUCCAUAAACACCACAUUGUUAAUCUAAAUUGGAGGCUUUUCGACGUCCCACUAGUGUCAUCAGCGCGAGCUUUUGGCAGAGCUAUCUUGGAACUAUUCGGAGAACGGCGAGACGAUCCCAACGACAAAUCCAGUCACAUGUACACGAGGCGGCUCAUGGCCCUGGCGUCCACCUACGUGAACAACGAGAAUGAUGCCAAAGAGUUCGCUGCCCAUGCCGCUACAAAGGAUAUGAGCGGUCGUAUUGCGAUUUUGCUAACCGGCAUCGAGGACCGUUUGCGGGAAAUAGCGAGAGACCAAACAGAUGUACUGGGCUGGGUGAACAAUAUUCUUCCUAAUCCCUGACGUCAUUGGCAACUUGUUCAGCGGCUCCGUCCUGCUACUGUGCAAAGAGGGGAAAUAAACUGUGCAGGGUCUGACGCUCCUGCUCAAUC